AUGGACUCCAGCACGGAACGGAGAGACUCCAUUUGGAAUGGGAAGCAGAAGAUGCUGGUGGAGAUGCUCGAGAACCAAGAUUGGGCGAACAGCAAUGCCCGUCUUGGGGACCACAAAGAGUCACCUCACAGAUAUUAUCUCACAGUCACCUCAUGGAUACAGCUUGAAGAAGUUCUGUAUGAUCAGGAUGAACAGAACCAGAAUCCAUCAAUGGCUUCUUCAAACACCUUGGAGCUAAGAGACCUCAGUAUAAGACAUGGUGCAGAUGACCACACCAAUCUUGGGAGCUCAGCUACCAUUAGAGGAUUUGAGAACCCAGCCUAUGAAGAGAUUGGGGAGACCACUUUCAACCAGGAUUCACAGGACGCCGGGGGUUUGAGCCCUUUGUCUGAGGUGAGGGGAUGGGCUGUAAAGGAGAAUGGAUCUCCUCACUCUGAGGACAGUCGAGAAGCGGAGUCAGGAACACCCUCUGUGGAUUAUGGUUUUAUCUGUUCGCUGGUGUUGUUGGUCUGUGGCAUAGUGCUUGUGGCUGUGGCAUACACCAUACCACGGGAAGUACAUGUUAGCCCUGAUUCUGUGUCCGCAAGAGAGAUGGAGCGGUUGGAACUGUACUAUGCGCGUCUUGGCUCACACCUAGACAAGUGUAUUAUAGCUGGUUUAGGCUUGCUCACUUUGGGCGGAACACUCCUCUCCAUGCUGCUUAUGGUUUCAAUAUGUAAAGGGGAGCUUUACCGCAGAAGGAAAUUCACCACUGCCAGAGGACCAAGAACAAAAUAUGGCUCCCUCAACUUACGGAUGAGACAACUGACUACAGAAGGUGGCCAGGUGCUGGUGGAACAUGAAGUUCUUGAAAUAACAAACCAGGUUCACCAGCAUCAACACGAGCCUUGAAUGUACCAGAAGCAUUUACAAAUGCUGGAAUGUGAGGGGUUAAAAGUUUGAGAUGAGCAAAUUAUUCUGGUAUGGCGGUAUUAAUGUUUAAUGAGGUCAGAUUAUUCCCGUCCUGAGAGGUGCCUGCUGUUCAAUCUCGGGAACGGCGAAGGGGGGAAGGGUAGCAACAAUGCAGAAGAUGCAUAAGUCAAUCUAUAGCCUCUACUCAGUGUAAAGGAACUGGAAGUUCCAGCACGCCAAAGCAAUGUACAGCUGACAGCUAUGAGACACCUACUGCUUGUGUAGAAUGUUCCGAUAUGUAGAAUGUUCGGUCUGGUCCAAUUCACACUACCAGACCAGAGAUAUGGAUAAAG